AUGUCUCGUUUAACAUCGUUCACAAAUCGUAAUACACUAUUAGAUAACGAAGAGCGUCGAACGAUUGUUCGAAACGAUGUACGAGAGAUUCAUCAUGAAACUGUUCAUUAUAGAGAAGCAGGCAAUGUUUAUUUGCGUGAAACAGGACGUUGUCCACGUUUUCGAUUUCCUUGGUGGCUCUGGUUAUUACUUGCUCUUGGUCUAUUAGCAUUACUUGGUCUCACACUUGGUCUUGGUCUGGGAUUAGGUUUGAAACAAACAGCACCUUUACAACGUUGUACGCGAAAUAAUUGUGCAGCCAAUUCGCAAUGUAUUAAUAAUCGAUGCGAAUGUGAUACGGGGUAUUAUUUUGAUUAUGGAACACAAGCAUGUACACUAUAUAGACAAAUUGGAAUGAGUUGUACAACUUCAGAUACAAGUCAACAAUGUAUUACAAAUGCAUAUUGUAGUACAAAUGGAGUUUGUAUAUGUUCCUCCGGUUAUUAUCUAGAUCUUAGUAGUGGUAACUGCUUAGCAUUAUUGCCUCGAUAUACUCCUUGUGCAAAUGAUGAUCAAUGUCAAACCCCAUUUGUUUGUAAAAUUUUUCUUUGUGACUGUAAUCAAACAUCGUGGUAUGACAGUGGUACAAACACAUGCAAAAGAUUAGGUUUACAAAAUGAUCCCUGUUCGUUUACGUCUCAAUGUAUAAGUACAGCCAAUUGUUCACUAGUAACAUGUCAAUGCCCAUCAGAUCAUUAUUUUGAUGAUCAAUCCGAUGAGUGCAUUACAAAACAAUUUAUCGGUCGAACAUGCACAUACAGUUAUCAAUGUAUAAGCCUAGCAAAUUGUACAAGUGUUUCACCAUUUUCCCAGCAAUGUGAGUGUAUAUCAUCGUAUUAUUAUAAUACAACAAAUGGACAAUGUGUACCUCAAUUGUCCUACGGAACAACAUGUCUAUCAACUUAUGCGUGUUUAAAUAAUUUAAUAUGUCUUGCUGGUUCACCGACUAAUUUCACUUGCGAAUGUUUAUCGAAUCAAUAUUAUCUAAGUUCGAACAGUACAUGUAUUUCGAUUGGAACAUAUAAUGAUUCAUGUAACUCUCUACCUUUGGGCAGGCCUUGUAAUACCCGUGUGGGUUUAAACUGUUCAUUGUCAUCAUCGACCUGUCAAUGUAGCACUACCGAUUAUUGGAACACAAACUCAUCAAUGUGUACAGCACUAUUGUUUCCUGGUCAAAAUUGUUCAGCACUAACUCAAUGUAUUAAUGCAUCUUAUUGCUCCUCUCUAACAUCGAUAUGUACUUGUAACACAGGCUAUUAUUAUAAUUCAUUAUCACUGGGAAUGUGUGUUCCCACUCAAGCUUAUGGAACAUCCUGUACAAGCAAUUAUCAAUGUAAUACUGGAAUAAUUUGUUACAAUGGUUUGUGCGGGUGUAAUACAACUGUAAACUAUUAUAAUGGUAGUCAAUGUACUUCAUUAGUAACAAUUAAUCAAUAUUGUCUAUCAUCAGUAUAUGGCCCGGUCUGUGAUCAAGUCAAUAGUGCACUAAUAUGUUACGCAAAUAAUACGUGUGGAUGUCAAACGGGUUAUUACUGGAGUGGUACAAAAUGUUUGAUUCUAAUACCGGUCGGUUAUCCAUGUACGAGUGAUACACAAUGUAUAGCAAAUUCGUCUUGUUCAUCAUUGACAUGCACAUGUCUAAGUACAUAUUAUUACAAUACGGCAACAGCCACUUGUUCAUUACUACUUGCAUACGCACAAAGUUGUUCAUCGACCACUCAAUGUCAGACAGGCAUGAUAUGCACAGCUAUAAACUCAACAUUGUCUGAAUGUUUAUGUUCAAGUACUAUGUAUUUUUCGGCUUCAAGUUGUGUGUCAAAAGUAACAUAUUCUCAAACAUGUAGUGUUUUAAUUCAAUGUGAUGAUACGUUGGGUUUGGUGAAUCGUGUUCAAUCACAUCCGACUGUGUGUCGCCUGCUAUUUGUUCAUCGAGUAUUUGUGAGUGCGAUACGUCAGCUUACUAUCUCAAUCAAACAACGGUUACUUGUAGUUUAUUAAAGGCAAAUUUUGUCGCUUGUACUUAUAAUUUUGAAUGUCUCAGUCAAAAUUGCAGCACGAGUAUGUGUUCCGAUAUCGCAGCGCCGGUUAAAAGUAAUGUAACUCUAGCUGUCUCAUCAACGGCAGUGCGAACCUUUGUACAAUCAUAUUACUUUCGAAAAACACUUAUACUUCUUUUUCUACUAUUUGUUUACAUUGCCUUUGAUGGUCAUUUUUGAUUAGUAAAUUCAUACUCAAUCAAUUCAUUAUUCUCUUUACCAGAAGUCUAGAGACUACAAAUUAAAAUGUUCAACUGAUUGCUUCUCAUGAAACUAUCCAUAUAUUCUAUGAUUCUCAGCUGAGCUAGUUUCCACUAAAACUUGAGCGAAUAACGGUAUAGUAGACGUACAUUACAAAACGGCAGAACCUCAUCAGAUGCAAUCACCCAAUAAACUAACGGUUCACGCUAAGUACACCGGAAGUCAGUUUUCUUUUAACGAUAUAUUAGAUAUAACCACACUACUUUGAAACUUUUUCUUUGUUAUACAGUGAACAAGUGCUUUUCUUUUGAGCAUAACUCUCUAUGUACUAUCAUAACAGAGUUACAAAUGAAUAAUUACAUGAAUAUUUUAAUUAUUCACUAAGUUCUAUGAUGAUUUCGCUGUAGACGCAAGUUAUACGCAUUAAGUUUUGAAACUUCGUAACAUGAAUUGGCUUUGUAUAGUAACAAGUACAACGUUAAAUGAGAUCAUACCCUAGACAAAAUCCUAUGCGCUUCUUAUUUGUUUUCUGCCAGGAUCCUAUAGGAUCCUAAAAAUUUAAGAUUCUAUUAUGAUCGGUGUAGGAUCCUAAUAAAUUCCUAGCAGGAUCUGAGAUGUUAGGCUCCUACCAGGAGUCUGGAGCAGAUCCUAACAUUUAGGAUCCUGCCAGGAAAUUAUUAGGAUCCUACGCCGAUCAUAACAGGAUCCUGGUAGGAAACAGAUACGAAGUGCAUAGGAUUUUGUUUAUGGAUAAAAAUAGUUAAUCUCAGGUUGAAGUAAUAAAUGUAUACGCGCCAUUUUUAAAUGUGCUUUAGAGUUACAAAGAAAUAUUUGGUAACUUUUGGUCAAAUAAUGGGAACGGAUGGAGAAAUUUCACGAGAGACAGGAACAUAUAAGCAAUCCUAUGAAAUUCCUGUUCAAGAAUUAUCUUUUCCUACUAAAAUCCUAAAUAAUUCCUGCUACAUUAUGAUUCAGUCAUAGCAUUCUUGUUAGGAUCCUGUCAGGAUCCUAAUAGAAUCCUAGCAAAUCCUACGACUUUCCGGUAUACCUGAUUUCUGUAGGAUUCUGUAAGAUUUUCCUAGGAUCCUACCGAAAAGCCAGCUAAAUCCUGGCAGGAUCCUGCCCGGAUUUCUCCAGGAUCCUGUCAAGAAAUGUAUAGGUUUCUUACUAGGGUAUAAUCUCAAUCAAGUGUGGUACGUUACGCGAUAGAGAUCUGCACAUAACCCUGGCGUAUAUCAGAAAAAACAAAAUAUAUAGACAAAAGUUUAAGACGAGAGA